UUUAAUAGCGUUUAGGCGUGUCGGAUACAGUUGUUUGUGCUUAUUCAUUUUUUUCCAUUUGGUAGACUGAGGAGUGCAUCGCAAUUCGUCAAUAGUUUGAUAACAACAUCCGGACUUUACAAGAGUCAAGACAAAUAAUCAGUAAUCGGUUGUUUAUAGUUGUUGGAGUUUGAAGAAGUUGCCUCGCUGCCCGGACGUUUGCUUUUCAGAAGUUACGUACAAGUACCGGUCGCAGCCUCCGGAGCGGUGUUGCCAUCUCCGCUGACCCGUGGUGUUCUGGUGAUUAAACAUGAUUUGAAGGAAUACCCUACUCGGAUUUACUCUUGCUGAUAUCAUCAGGUCUUCGGAUGAGUCAGGACAGGAGAGCUAAGAAGCCAAACAACUGGUCAACUACAAAUCCCUGUUGGUCAUCAUGGUCCAUUCAUUACCAUGGUCAUUCAUUGACCAUUACUGCUAGUGAUGAGGAUUAAAAUUGUCUGGGAUAAAAGAGAGAGUUGCGCAUAAGAGUUGCCAGGAAUGGUUGGGUCAAGUGCAAACAUGGAAACUGCUGCAAGCACGCCAUCUCUGGUGCUACUGGAACAUCUGAUGGAUAGUCCUGAAGGCGGGUCCGGGCUCAAGUCUUAUCCUUCCAGCCGAACUAGCUUACCUAACUUGUCCCCUGGUGGAAAUGGUAGGUCCAAGUGGCCGCAGAGUCUUCUCCAAGACUUUCUUAGAUCCUCAUCCCGGAGAAGCAGGAGGAAAGCACCAGAGGGGACACCGGAUCCUCCACCAGUCACCAGGAGAAUAUGGUGCGACAGUGAGGAGUGCCUUCAAGCCAGUCCGUUUAUCAAGAUCCAACAGUUUCCGCAGAAUGGACAGUGCCAGAACUGUGGCCAGGCUAUGAAGGAUGUUGCCACCAAUACAGAAGUGGUCCAGGAUGCGAAACCAAGUGGUGAGUUUGGAAGUUCUCAAGGUCUUGUCACCAGGGAUACUGAGCGAUCAGAGCCAAGCAUUGAAGAAGCUGUGACAAAAGUUGUACGAAGACCAAGAAAGAACCCUAAUCUUAACAGAGUUUCAUUUGAUGAGAAGUCUUCAAGAAGGAGAAGUCUUCCAACGGCACUCGACUGGUGGUCAGACAAGGUGCUCAAAAGGCAAAGUUCCAACCUCAAAGACAAUGUUCGUAAAUCUUGGGGUCAAGACGAGAAUGAUCUGUCACCAUAUGGACCUCGUUCAGUCAGUGAUCAAGCAAUAAAUCAAACUGUUGUAGGUGCUUCCAGAACCAGUAUUAAUGCAAUAAAACCUGAAUCUCCAAGACGUAAAGCAAGCAGUCAAUGGACUUUGAGCGAUAAUGGAGGAUGGUUCAGGGCCAAGAAAGAGCUUAAACAUGUUUCUAAGUCAACUCCUAACCUCUCAUAUCCCUCAACUCAAGUAGAUAAGUUAGAGUCUGCAAGAUUAGCGGCUUGGUGGGAGGAAUCUCCAUUUCCCGUCCGUUCUCAACGUUUCACAUUCCGUUCCCAUUCAAGUGGGCAGAAAGUAGUCCUCAGGAAAGGCCACAGUUCUUACGAGGUCUCAGCGAAGGGCAAGAGAAGGCAGUCAACCAACCUUGCCGAUCUGGAAGACCUGAUGGGUGCAGUAUCCGGAUCAGAAGAAGAGACCGAAACUGAUGGUGAAUGCCAAGCCUCAAGAGCAUUCCUUUUGCCGUAUCAGGCAUUGCAAGAGGAAAUGGAUGCACGCUCAGGGAACUUCAAUCACUCCAAUUCCAAAGAUGCAAUUCCAGCCAUUAGAAUAGAUGCAGCCAAAGAGCACAGGACACCUCAAAGACCCAGUACCUUGUUGCUUGACCACUUAGUACCAAAGACACCUGAAACAUUGUCAAUGUCAACACCAUACAUCAACGGGUCUGGACCAGUCUCAAGUGAUUGGUCUUUCUCAUCACCUAGUCUAGAAAGUGUGAUCCAUUCCCAGUUUCUCAGAAACACUUCCCUUACUUCUCUGCACCAUCAUCAGAGCCACCACCACCACCAGAGGAGCUUUAGACCUACUGAAGGACUUGGGACACCAAAAAGACUACAGAGUGGUAGACGGAGUGGGACCAAACGGAAGGAUCUCCUGCGCCAUUCCUGGGCUGGUAGACCCAACCCCCUCAGUACCUCCAUGCUGAAGUUGGCCAAAGGUGAAAGAUCAUCAUGGGUUGGUGUUGUCAAUGAAUUACCAGUCAUUCCAGAAGAUAGAAGCAAAGAGAAGGCCAGAGGGCAAUGCGGAUCUCUCUUCAGACUCCAAGGAUCCCAUUCAUCUCUCCUUGGCUCAACAGUGCAAUACCAUGAGGUAAGUUUCACUUGAAUGUAUUUUUGUAAACUUGAAGGGGGAAGGGAUCAUUCCCCUGUAUUGAAACUCAAAGACAUUGUCAUUUCAAAUGAUCACCUUAGUCAAGAACCAUAUUGAAGAUUGACAAGAAGAGGAAUUUCCAUUCUUUCCUGCGAAAGGUUGCUCAGAUUUUGCUGAAAUUAUAUUCUCCUUAUAUUGUUUUCUCUUUUGAUAUAAUGUUUUUUCUUUUCUUUUUUUA